UCCCUCAGAACCCACUAUCAAUAAUCCUCUCUCACUCUUCUUGUUUGAGUCUGAUAACAUGUACAUGUGAUUGUAUGAGUUGCAAAGGAGCUGGUUACUAACUGUGCCUUUGGCCAAUAAUAAAUUCUCGACCAUCAUCUUAUUCAGUUCAUUUCAGCUUGCUCGAUCACCACCAUGCAAAGCCCAACAGAGAAAAAACAAGGCGUGUACACUUAUCUGAGUCAAUGGCCAAUUUAUUCACUAGCUUGGUCAGUCCGUGGUGACAAGAAUGCUCGUCUUGCUAUAGGGAGUUUCCUUGAAGAUUAUAGCAACAAGGUUGAGCUUGUUCAAUUCAGCCAUGACACAUUUGAUUUCUCCACAGACAAUCGCCUAGUCUUUGAUCAUCCAUAUUCACCCACAAACCUAAUGUUCUUUCCCUCCGAAGACACCACAAAUCCUGACAUUAUAGCCACUUCUGGGGACUAUCUACGAUUGUGGGAAAUCCAUGAGGAUAGAAUUGAGCUCAAGGCACUCCUCAAUGGCAACAAGACUAGUGAAUUCAAUUCUGCCAUUACUUCUUUUGAUUGGGCAGAAUGUGACACGAGGCACAUCGCCACGUCUAGUGUGGACACAACUUGUACCAUUUGGGAUGUAGAGACUGAAACUGUGGACUCACAAUUAGUAGCACAUGACAAAGAAGUGUAUGACAUUUCAUGGGGUGGGUUCAAUGUGUUUGCUUCAGUCUCUGGGGAUGGUUCUGUUAGGGUUUUUGAUCUAAGAGACAAAGAAAGAUCAACAAUAAUAUAUGAAAACCCUAUUAGAGAUAGCCCAUUGUUGAGGCUAGAAUGGAACAAGGCUGACCCAAGAUUUAUAGCCACAGUUGGAAUGGAUAGCAAUAGAGUUGUAAUAUUGGACAUUAGGUUUCCAACAUCACCUUUGAUGGAGUUGAAUAAGCAUAAGGGUAGUGUAAAUGCUGUAUCAUGGGCUCCGCGCAUCGGACGGCAGUUGUGCUCUGCUGGGGAUGAUUCAAGGGCUCUGAUUUGGGACGUGGUGGGACUGGGUUUUCGAUCAGAAAUUAACGGUGAUUUGGAGCCUGAAAUGUGGUAUGGAUCAACGGCUGAGAUCAAUCAAGCACGUUGGUCGCCCUUAGAGAUGGAUUGGAUUGCUAUUGCCUUCUUAAAUAAGCUACAGCUCUUGAAGGUUUAGAGAUCUAAAUAGAAUCAUAUGUCAUUGAUCUUAGUGAUAUCAAGGUCUACUUCUAAUCUUAGGCCUUUUUGUAGUAGUACUUUGGGUUAAGUAAAGUGUUUGAAUUU